AUGUCGACCAUCACCCUCUCUCCCGCAGCGCCACUCACACACACGCACUCAACGCAGCCUCCCACACCACCACUGAGUCGGCACUCUUCUCGACCAUCCUACUUCCGCUCUCUGUCCUCCACCGCUUCGAUACCACAAUCCAGGACCAACAAGCCCCGCCUCUAUCUCGGUCUUUAUCCUCGAGGCAGCGGCACCUCUUCCUUCCAAAGUCCUUCCAAUUGCGACUCCUUCCACUGGGCCCUUGUCGUGGGACCGCAAACCUUCUCGAAGAAAGACCCAGGCACAAGAUACCACGUUGCACACUCCGAUGAGUCUGGUCGAGCAUUCCUGUAUGAAGAGAGCGACUUGCUUGGCAGUGCAACGAAUAUCCCACUAUGCAGGAUCACUCUGGCAAAGGUGAAAGAUCCCGCGCGGCUGACCACACUCCUCCGCUCACUACCAUCACCAAACUCAGGCCCUUCGGAGACAUGCCUGUCGUGGGCCAGGUCUGCAUUUCAAACUCUCGUGGCCGAUGAUUCAUGUCUUUCCUCAUACCUCAAACCAGAAGCCUGGGAGAACGUCGAGGCUAGGGCAAGGAGUUACUACAAGCGAAAGAGGGGCAUGCGCAGAUUCACCGAGACUGGUGACGGCGUGGUGUGGGACCCGGAAAGUGUUGCGACGUGGAACUUCUGGGAAAAUCGUGAGACAUGUGCCUGA